UGACUUACUCUGACCAUAUUUGUGUCUCUGCCCCAACAGGAAGCCAUGAGGGAACCAAGUACAUGUUCAGCUCCAGAGGACUGUUCGCUGUUCCCUUCGGCAGGACAACCAAACCAGCACACAUAGCCAAAAUCAAAAUGAAGUUCCGAUUCUUAGGAAAGCUGAUGGCCAAAGCCAUAAUGGACUUCAGAUUGCUGGACCUUCCUCUCGGGCUGCCCUUCUAUAAGUGGAUGCUGCGGCACGAGAUGUCCAUCAGCUCCCACGACCUGGUGAACAUCGACCCCGGGGUGGCCAAGUCCAUCCAGCACCUGGAGGACAUCAUCCGCCAGAAGAAGCGGCUGGAGCAGGACCGGUCACAGGUGAAGCCCCAACAACCAUCACAUCUGAACAGAAAAUCAAUCAGAGGACUGAGGAUUUAGUGCGCUGGUACCAGA